AUGCGGGCGGCGGCGAUGCGCUGCUGCGCGUCGAAGCGCUCGACGAGCACGAGGAGCGAGGCGGGAGCCCCGGAAACGCCCCGCGCGUGUCCGGACGAGGGCGUCGCGGCGGCGAUGCCCGCGGUGAAGGAGACGCAUCUUCACCAAUCGAUUCGCGUCGUCGACUCCGAUGACGAGCCCGCGGGGUGGCCGGGGACGGAUCCGUGCACGUCCGACGACGGCGCCGCGCGGACGUCCACGAGCGCGUUCGCGGAGGGAUGCGUCGCGGUCGACGCGCGGGAGGUGGCGCGUUCCAUCGCCGCCGAGCUGCUCACGAAGCGCGCGCACGAUCGGCGCGACGUCUUCAGCGUCCGGCGCUCGGGCACCGACGCGUCGUCCGCGCACGUCUCCUCCGACGACUUCGAGUUCGACCCGGAGGUCGGGACCGGCGCGGAGUCCGGCGGCGAUACCGUCACCGAGCCGGACGAGACGACGUCGCUGCUCGAGAGCGUCUCGUGCCGCACGCAUCGCACAGCAAGCACGAGAGAGUUUGGAGUCAACACCGAUGGUGACGACGAACGUCGACGACGACGCGCGGUGACGCCCGCGACGGCGGUGCUGUUGACCGCGUGCGCCGUCGCCGGGUGCACGCUCUACGCCCUGGACCCGAUGAACGUCGCGGGCGCUCUGGCCGGACACAGCUGGCGCGCACGAGCCGCCGACGCGGACCCUGACCUCGCCGUCGAGAGCGCGGAACCGACGGCGAAAGCGGCGAGGACGAAGACGGCGACGAGGACGAAGACGGCGGUGAGUCACCGGGCUGUGAGUCACCGGAGGGAGGAGAACGGGGGCGUGCGUCACGUCGUCCCUCGGGACCUGUUCGCGAAGGCACUCGCGAAGGCGCUCGACGAGAGGCGUUUAAGCGGAGACGCGCCGGACGAUGACGAGCGGGCGACCAGUCACCGAGCGGGCGCGAGCCACCGGGCGACGACGAAGGAACGCGCGUCGAGGAGCGCACACGGUGUGGCCUCGCGCGCGUCGAAGAGGAGACCCGAUACGACGCGCGAAAAAGACGCGGAGAAGACGUCGGGAUCGGACGCGUCGGUCUCGCGCCUGGGUCACGUUCACCGCGCGACCAGUCACCGCGCGACCAGUCACCGCGCGACCAGUCACCACCGGGCGGCGGCGCGGGUCGUCGGCGCGUGCGCGGCGAACGUUCCGGCACGCGACGCGCGUCGCGGGCGCUUCCAGUUCGAGGACGCCUCGUGCGGCGGGACGAGACAUCAUCGCGAUCGGCGCGAGGGGUGCGCUUCGGUCGGUUUGCCUCCCGGCGGCGAUGAUCGAUCUUCUCUCGACGCGUCGUCUACGUCGGGGUGCAGGUUUUGCGUGUUGCACGGGUCGGCGCGCGAGGACGACGAGGACGGGUACGACGGCGACGACGACUACCUGCCGAUGCUGGACCCGCUCGCGUGGAGCGUUCGGUACGAGGCGUGCCCGCGGGACGUGUGCGUCACGCGCGGGCUUCGCGCCGCGCUGUGCGACCCGGACUGA